CAUGAAUUGGAAGGUUCUCAAACACGUGCACCUGCUGCUGUAUAUCUUGGCAGCAAAAACAUUAAUUCUCUGCCUGGCAUUUGCUGGAGUGAAAAUAUACCAAAGAAAAAGGUUGGAAGCAAAACAACAAAAACUGGAGGCUGAAAGGAAGAAGCAAUCAGAGAAAAAGAUAACUGAAUAUUCUGCAAUGUAAAUGUCAGCUUGAGU